AGCGGAAGUGGUGCCGGGACAAGCUUUAACCUUUCAAAGAAAAUUAUGAAUGUAGUUAUCUUCUGAAGGUUUCAUCAUUGAUUUGUGGCGACAAGUAGUUUUUCCCGGGGACUUUCUACUUUCAAUUCAUUGACUUGUCUUCAGUACUUUUUACUAGCAAUUUUGAUUUUCUUUUAUUUCCUCUCUUGCCUUAGCGUACCGAAAAAAUGGUGCGUAUCCAGAUUAAGGGUGGUAUCUGGAAAAACAGCGAGGAUGAGGUCCUCAAGGCUGCUGUUAUGAAAUACGGACUCAACAAUUGGAGUCGUGUUUCUUCUCUCUUGGUGCGAAAGACAGCGAAACAAUGCAAAGCGAGGUAUUAGGAGGAUUACAUUUUUUAUUGUUGAUGCGUGGUCUCUUGCAAUUACCCAAUUUCAUGCGCACUUUUUGAGGUUGCAUUUCCAUUCCCUCCUUCUGAUCAGUCAACUCCUUAUACUUUUCUCACUUCAACAUCAUGAUCUUGAAGGUGAAAGGUCAUCUCAAGAAAGGACUCAAACAUCAAAAAUCCAAACAGGUGGUACGAGUGGCUUGAUCCUUCUGUGAAGAAAACAGAGUGGACCAAAGAUGAGGAUGAAAAACUGCUACACUUGGCCAAGUGCUUUCCUUGCCAAUGGCGUACGAUUGCACCAGUCGUCGGACGCACAGCCAACCAGUGCCUAGAACGGUAUGAGCGACUGUUGGAUAUCGCUCAAAAUCGCGAAGUCGGAGAAGAUGAUCCGAGAAAAUUGCGACCGGGAGAGGUAAGAUUUGGAGUUUAGAUUUGAAUUUGGUUGGAUACUGUCGGAUACUCAUAUUCAGGGUAGGUUAAAGGUGCAUUUGUUACCGUUUGUUAUGGCUCUCCUAAGGGGGACAGCCAUAACAAGCGGGAUAAAGGAACACCAAAAAACCUACCUCCAAUCAUACUUCUCAUGAUGAAGAAGUACGUACUUACUACCUAGUAUGAUGGAUUUAAGAUGAUGCUAUCUUUUUAUGUCCUCAAUGUCGUCCAAGACGAACACAUCGCUUGCCUUAUGUCCCUCCACAUCCAACUAACUACUACAGGUCGAUCCUCAUCCGCACACGAAGCCAGCUCGUGCGGAUGCGCAGGAUAUGGACGAAGAUGAGAAAGAAAUGCUCACAGAAGCCAGAGCCCGUCUGGCCAACACUAGAGGUAAAAAAGCCAAGCGAAAAGCACGUGAAGCCCAACUUGCAGAAGCAAGACGAUUAGCACAGCUUCAAAAAUCGCGUGAAUUGAAGGCAGCAGGGGUUUUGAAGGACAAAGAGGUUGGGAGAAGGAAGAGAAAGAGGAUGGAUUAUGCAACGGAGAUUCCGUUUUUGCAGGUACUACUUGUACUUGUUGAAGGAGAUGAAGAGCACUUGUUCUUGUGCUCUCUUGAAUUUUUCUACUGCUGUCCCAAACUAAACUAUAAGUUCUAGGCACGACCGAAUCUUCAUACCUCCCCUCCUAUCACGACCACAGGAAAUCCCUAAAGGCUUUCACGAAACCGGUCCCGAGGAAAAUCCGAUCUCAAAUAUUGGAACUUCGAAAGUUGCCUUAACGAAAAUUGAGCAGGAGCGAAGAGACCGCGAAGAGCAGCAUAAGCGGAAAGAAGAUGAACGUCAAUUAAAGCGUCUCAAAAAAGACAACUUGGCUGAGCACAUGGAGAUCGUGAAUAAGAUGAACGAUCCAGCCAGCACGAGGAAAAGAAGCGAGCUCUCCUUGCCCACACCGGUUUUGGAGGAUUGGGAGUUGCAGCAAUUGGCCAAAAUGGGCGAGCAGAAUGCGAAGUUGCAGGGUGCAGCCGGAGGUUUGAUCCAGAGCUAUGAUACGCCGUUGCCAUCCGACUUUGCUGGCCGUACACCUGGAACGCCAGCUUUCGUGGAUCAAGACGUGAUUUUGAAAGAGGCGCAAAAUGCGGUUCGGAGGAAUGAAAUGCAAACACCUUUGAUGGGUGAGGAAAAUCCAGAACUACAUCCGACCGACUUCACCGGAGUUUUGCCACCGAGGAUGCGCGGUCAGGCGGGAGGAAGCAGCUCCUCAAGUGGCAUGAACACUCCGAGUGGCAUGACGCCUGGAGGAAUGACUCCGAGUGGGAUGACGCCUGGUGGGAUGACUCCCGGAGGUAUGACACCGGGAAAUAUGACUCCAAGUGGCAUGAGCAUGGCGGGAGGUCGCACACCUGGCGGCAUGACAUCGCAGAGUAUGGGAGGCCGAACACCGAUGUCGUCGAUGAUGACGCCGAGAGAUGGACUCGGUUUAGCCUCAGAAAUGGACCCUCUGGAAGCAAAAGAUUUGCUCAAAUCGCAGGUCCGAAACGCUUUUGCAGCACUUCCAAAGGCAGGGUCGACAAUGGAGGUAUUGUUUUUUUCUGGAGACAUAUUAAUGUGAUUGAUUCAUUGCAACACGUGUCCCCUGUAGACCAGAACAACUCCGCUUACUAGAUUCUCAAAGAGCUCCACUGUUCUUGUAGGUGCGGAGUACUAGCUUCCCAACAAAGUGAAACAUCAAAUCUCUUUGUCCUACCUUUCCUCGGUAGUUCCUAUCCCCAUCUGUAUACGACCUAUCUCCCACCUUCUCAACUGCUCCAGAUCACCAUGCCAGCGAACUUGGAGGAGACGAUCCAGCAAGAUCAGGAAGAGGAGGAAGCUGAAGAUGCUGACGCUCGCGCUGAACGUCUUCAGCGUGAGGCUGAAGAAGCUGAACGCGAACGACGCAAACUCGCCUCUCUGGUGGUCCAACGUAACUAUGCUGUGGAGGAGAACGGCGGCUAUGCUGCUCUGUUUUCUGGAGUAACGACCGGGAACGUCGUGACGAAAGGAGAUUUCGGUAGUACUACUGCUGCAACCGGCGGUCGUGCUGGGGCGACUCAUCUGAUCAAAAUGGUUUUGCCAGUCCCCUGUAGACCAGAACAACUCCGCUUACUAGAUUCUCAAAGAGCUCCACUGUUCCCAAUAACUGACUUCGAUGACGAGUCAGUCCGUGUCCCUGAAGAAACCGACAAGGAGUUGAAUUUCGCACUGCACAGACACAAAGCGGAACGUGCGAUUCUCCGGGAGAUGCAGAGCCAGAUCUUACGAGAUGCGCAUGAUUAUGGUAGUGUACCACUGACGGGGGACGAAGAACGACCGGAGGACCUGGUCCCUGACAUCACAGCUGAAGAACUUCUGAUGAAACGACGCGAACUAGACGUAGAACGAGAAUUGUUGCGUCAAGAACAUUUAACAUACGCGGAGCAAGAAGAUCCUAGUAGUUCUGGUGCAGGUGCACCUGGGUAUCCAGAACAGAGCCUGGCUCCGUUUUUUGAGGAGAACUUAUUGCCGGACGUGGCCGCGAGUGGCGAGGCCGAAUGGUCUGAGAAGGAGUUCUUGAGCGGCGCGGAGACUCUCGCUGGCAUGCAGUUGUUGUUCGAACGCUUGAGGGACAAGAUGAAAGCCGACAGUGCACGAGCAGCGAAAUUGGAAAAACGUGUGGGCAAGAAUUGGGGUGAGGAAUUUGCACAUUUUGGCCAAGCAAUGAAGAAAGUCCCAGUCUUAGCGGAACAACGCUUAGAAGCCAGACGUCAUUGCGGAGUGUACGCGAAGCUAGGCAAGGACGAGGAAAAACUGCUGACGAGGCGAAAAGCAGAUCUGCAGUCCUUGGUGGACCAAGAAAAGAAUAGGAAUCGCGAUCUACAGCACGAAUUUGAAGCAUUAGAGAAGAUCAAGAGGGAUUUGACCUUGAUGCUAGCAUAAUGUUGUGGGCAUGAUGUUGCGGUUGUCAAGACAAGAAGUAGGCGACUGGACGAUGUGGAGAUUUGUUAGAUUUGGCUCUCACAACCACCACAUCCACAUGUUCGACUUUCACCACUUCUAUUGAUCAUGUUGCAGCAGGAGGAGUCAUCAAGUGUAGUGACAACGAGAAGUACUUAAUUCCAAAUAAACUUCUUGUCCUAAUAAAACCUUCUUGAGGGUAACCCCCUUUCCAUACCAUGAUGAAUAUUGUUUUUCCAUCUACGAAAACGAACCUGAAGAUGUUUCACCUGAUAGAAUGAGGACGAGUAAUUUUCAACUACCCUGCUCUCAAUACGAUACUCUCGUGUUGAUAAAGAAAUGCGGGACUAACCUCACCGAAACUGCCCACGCUCAUACUCAUAGUAUCACACUCUCUAUGAAUAUGAAAAUCCAUCCGCCAAAACUGCCGCAGAUCUCACCUCAAGUAGCUCCUCCACAUGACGCUGCUCAACCUGUACAUCCACUUCAAGAAUAGGGUUAGUAAUGAAGCACGUAAUUAUUACUAGCCUAGAGCGACGUGUAGCUCAUUUCCGCACUAGAAUCAUCACGCACC